UAGUCAUGCAUUUAAAACAAGACUUCUUUAACAUAUACUACUACCAUUUUACAAGCCAAGACAAUGUUUUAUACCAUGGAAUUGCAAAAAAUCAUUUGUCUGUUUCUUUUCUUGUAUAAUUACUUGAUAGGAACUAUAGCUGUUCCAGUAGAGCGGCAUUUCACCGAACAGGUGGAUCUUAGUACUGAUAUUAGGCUCGCAAGGGUUAAUCCAGUUUGUGAAUGGUGCGAGUCAAGUGGUGGACGAUGUGUUAUGAUGAACACCAAUUCUGGUGGAGAAAUCAUUUGUGACUAUUUCCGUACCCCAAACAACCGUGAACGGAAACGCGGGUUACCUAAAGGCACGCAAAGACGCCAUAAAUGUGGGAGCUGGGGCACCGGCAAUGUUAUUCCUGGUUGGGCUCUAUUUUGUGUAUGUAGAAGGAUAACGUCUUGCAGGAGGAGAGCCCAACCAGUACUAGAACUAGGAGCCACCGUGGCACCACAGCCCAUUGCAUUAGUGGGUCUAGAUGGGCCCACGAUAGAAUCCUAUCCCAAAACUAUAUUGUAA